AUGUUGGUUCAGCGGCUCACACAGCAGCUCGGGAAACCGACACACACCGUGUGGGGAUGGAUGGUAAAAAAGUUUCUGGAGACAAACGGAUUCCUGGAGGCGAGUGCCGUGAAGCUGUGUGAUAUCCAGCCCGAGAAUGUGGUGCUAGAACUGGGCUUCGGACCGGGUCUAGGGUUGCAGGAAGCUGUUCGCCGCCUCACACAGCCCGCGGGUAAACUGUACGGCCGGGAUAUCUCGGAGUACAUGUACAAUGUGGCCAGCGAGAAGCUGCGGGCCGAGAUACAGACGGGCAAGGUGAAUCUGUUUUGGGGUAGCGUGGAUCAAAUCCCACUGGAGGAUCGCGUGGUGGACAGAGUUUACCAUUGCAACUGUUACUUCUUCUGGCCUGACCUGCGAGCUGGGUGCGGGGAGAUCCGGAGAGUGAUGAAGCCAGGGGCUCUGAUGGUCACAGCCCUGCAGAAGCUGAUUGCUACUGGUCUGCUGAAGGGAACAAAGUGGCAACCUGAGCCGUACAUGGAGGCUCUCCUUGAGACAGGAUUUGUCAACGUGCGAAUGGAGGACCAGCGGAUCGAUGGAGAAACAUUUCAGGCUACCUUUGCUUCAGCCAAGGACGUGGUUAUUUUGAAGACCCUGACCUCUUGAGGAAAUGGGACGCGCUCUCGGGGUCUCACGACUGGCCGCUAUUCGAUAUGUCAACGACGCGGCCUAGAAGACUAGCGCGCCUUCCGGGAUUUGGUGGCCCCAGGAAGCGAGCGGAUACGAGGUCGGUGCUGUCGCAGACAACUGGUGUGUCGUGGGAGACGGAAGAUCGAAAGCAGUGAAAGCGGCGAACUGCUUUCCGGCUGUAUGUGCGGAGACCCGAGUUCUUUGAGCACAGAGCUCGGAAGAAGCGGUACAACAGACUUUUUAACGCCAUAAAUCAGCGAGUUGUUUUUUUACGUCUCCCCUCUUGCUGUGAAAUGAGGACACCUCUUUUUCUUUUAGGGAGAAAGAGAGGGAGAGAAAGAGCAUGUGGUAUGUCGAGUUAUCGGAUGAACGAGUAGCCUUUGGGUACUACAAAUCUAUAUCUUUAUUGGUGCCUUGUUGCACGCUUGAGUGCUCAGUGGGAUUGCCGUUGUUUUUUUGCUGGUGGGGGGACUGUUGCCUUGUUUCUGCUUAUGCGUAAGAGAGGGGAGCUGAGGGGGCUUUGGGGUUCUAACAUUUAAUUGUCAUUUAUUCUUUGGGGCACUUCUCUGUUUUCGUGGAUGUUUGCGAAGAUAAAGAGUGUCAGGAUGUAUAUUGUACACAUUUCUCUGACUUUAAAUGUACCUAUUGAAACCUAUUGCAUUUUGUCGGAGGGGCGAGCAUUCUUUGCAAAAUAAAUAAAUGCGAUAGGACUUUACAAAAACUAUACAUAACAAACAUACAGUGUCAUGCAAAAGUUUGGGCACCGCUGGUCGAAAUUUCUAUUACUGCGAAUUACUAAAUGAGUAAAAGAUGAACUGAUUUCCAAAAGGCAUGAAGUUAAAGAUGACACAUUUCUUUAAUAUUUUAAGCAAGAAAAUGGCCGAUGGAGUUUAAUACAGACAAGUGUGAGGUAUUGCACGUUGGAAGGACAAACCAAGGUAGACCAUACCGGGUUAAUGGUAAGGCACUGAGGAGUGCAGUGGAACAGAGGGAUCUGGGAAUACAGAUACAAAAUUCCCUAAAAGUGGUGUCACAGGUAGAUAGGGUUGUAAAGAGAGCUUUUGGUACAUUGGCCUUUAUUAAUCAAAGUAUUGAGUAUAAGAGCUGGAAUGUUAUGAUGAGGUUGUAUAAGGCAUUGGUGAGGCCGAAUCUGGAGUAUUGUGUUCAGUUUUGGUCACCAAAUUACAGGGAGGAUAUAAAUAAGGUUGAAAGAGUGCAGAGAAGGUUUACAAGGAUGUUGCCGGGACUUGAGAGACUCAGUUACAGAGAAAAGUUGAAUAGGUUUGCAUUUUAUUCCCUGGAGCAUAGAAGAAUGAGGGGAGAUUUGAUAGAGGUAUAUAAAAUUAUGACGGGUAUAGACAGAAUGAAUGCAAGCAGGCUUUUUCCACUGAGGGAAGGGGAGAAAAA